ACCAAAAAUCAAGAAAUUUAUUGCUCUCAAACUAAUUGGCAAGUGAACUCCUUCCAUUAUGGAUUAUAUGCUCAAAAUGGCCGACGAGAUUGAUCAACAGUGGGCGGAAGUGGAUCAGCAGCAGCACCAGCAACAGGAGAGGAACGAUGGUUAUAAAUCCAUCUUCACCAUAAAUGGCAAAUGCAUUUUGCCACCUUUGAUGACCCCUGAGCGUCGUGUGGAGAUGCAGAAGUAUCGCCAGGCCGCCAUGGCCAUUGAGCGGCAGCCAGUGCCACACCUGUCCAUGAGGUUGCCGAGGAGCCUCAAGCCGUUCCAGCGGGCGCAAUUUGUGGAUGCCAGCACCAAUACGGAGGCGAAGACAAAGAAGUACAAGUUGCAGUUCUCGGAGACGCUGAUCUACGACAAUCGAUGCAAUGCCAUCAUCAAGUACACAAAGACAAGCCUAAUCCAGGCAGUGGGUUGGCUCUGUCCACAGCUGCAGCCACAGUAUGCGGUGACUAAAGAGGCCCUGCCACAGUUUACAAGGCGCUUGGAGCGAUCUCCACUCAAGCGGGAAUCAAAGAGAAGCGAGCAGGAGUUGUUGCAACGUGCCUCAACGAGUCCGUUGCUACAAUCGCCAAAGGUUGCUCAUGAUGGGCAGGCUGAGGAGUGGCAGCACUCGCAGCUGUGGAAACGUUAUCACUCCUAUCCACUUGGCUACAAGUUGACGACACCAAAUCGUGUAGCAAGCACCAAACCAAACACAGCCCUAAUCUGCCCCAGCAGCAAGAUACACAUAAAGCAAAUACACUCAAACACCGAGCAACUCUCGCUCCCCAAGCCGAGUGGCAGCAAAUCCAGAAAAUCGAAAUCACAGCUCAGCUACAGCUCGGCGGCACAUGCCCAUUCCCAUGCUCAGGCGGAGCGCUCCAGCUCCAGGAUGAGCUGUACCCAGCGGCGGCUCAGCUAUGAUCCGCGUGCCACACAGCGCAAGAAGAAGGUGGCGGCUGCCACGCUCAGCAGCGGCGUGGAGCAGAAGCUCCUCUUCAAGGACAUGGAACAGGAGCAGCGACCACUUUUCCAGUUGCUCGUCGCGCAGCAGGCAGCGGAACAGCAGCGUCUCCAGGCCAAGUUUCAGGUCCAGCAGCAGCUGCUCCUCGAUCAACUGCUCGAUGAGACGGAUGCCCAAUCGGAGUCCAGUUCGAAUGCAUCGCUGCCGCAGAGUCGCCACGAAGAGGGUACCGAUAAUCCAGAUGCGGACAUUUGAAAUUAAAUUAAUUAUUUAUACAUCAGAUUAUUAAAUGAGUGCGCAGUGUGCACUGGAAAAAAAAAGCAAAUCGUCUUGAA